AUGCUCAAGGCCAUCAAGAAUAGUAGUGGAGAGCAGGAACGGAGGCAUUCACGUGCAAUGAGACUAGAGUACAUGGAGAAACUCUACGCCUACCUCAAGGACAAUACCCCGGCAGAAUCGGAGACCAAAGAUCCAGCUUCUCUGAAGAAGCGCGCUGAGAUGCUCCAAUUUGCCGCAUUCGCGGCACUUGGGUUUACACUUUGGACGAGAAACUGUGAAGCUGUACAGCUCCAAGUGAAGCACUUUGACUUUGCUCCUCCGCCCAAGCGUGCCUCUAAUGGCGCUGUCUAUCCUUUUUUCGUUGUCAACCUCCUUAACCGAAAGGGCUGGCAACGUAAAAUGGCCAAGGGCGAGCACCAGCUUAAUGGGCACACAUAUAAUAUAUAUCCAAAGCCGUACAGCCCCGCCAUCGACAUGUAUCAACGCCUCUUGGACUGGAAGGAAUGCUAUGAGACACUUCUUGGACGACCUCUCGAGCCUGAAGACCACAUGUUUCCCACCAUUGGUGCCAAUCUCGCUGUGCACCCCGACGAUCCACUCACAAGCGAUGCAAUUCAGAAGAGGCUAACCAAGUUCACCAAAGCAGCAGAACUGGGGGAGGGUUUUACUACGCAUUGUUUCCGACGAGGAGGAGCUCAAUACCGGUUCAUGUACGCUCCAUUAGGCCAGCGUUGGACUCUGGCACGUGUUAGGUGGUGGGGAGGUUGGGCCCAGGGAGAGCAUCGCGAUACAUUGAUUCGUUACCUCUUGGACGAGCUAUGGAUGUCCGAAGACGACCACCGAGACGCAUUAUGCCCGUUUGAUGAGGAUGCCAGCGAUUCACACAUGGGCGAAGGUCGACUACUCCAACCUCUGACUCAGGUCGACGGCCAAAGGCUCCUAGAGCGACUGGAUGCCAUUCAGCUUCUCGUAACCACAUCGCAGAAUGGCAGCUGUGCAGUACCCAGCGUCACCUGGCCUGCUGGAUAUUACGGACAGCAUUCGAUGGCUGGUUUGCAGAAGGCCUUCAAUACACUCUCCCUUUCAUCAUUUGAGCCAUCUAUCCCCACAGCCGCUGUGUACACAGCUCCCACACCCUUGUACAAUGUCUCGUACAACGUCUACAACGUUGCCAAUCCUGUGUCACUCACGGGAUUCCAUCAGACCGCGACAUUCGUUGCACCAACUCCUCGACCGCAACCAGUAGCCGGAAUUUAUCAGCCACCCAUUCAGUCGCCCUAUGGGUUACCACAAGUGACGAACCACCCUCCCAACGCCUCCCAACUUCCCCCAGAAUUCCAAUAUGCCGCCUCCGUGAUUCCUCAACAUGCUGCAGACAACUACACACCGGCAUUUGGGCCUACCAUGCUACACCCAGAUCGGACAUUGGCCACUAUGAACAAUCCAGGUCCAACUCCAACCUGCCAUCAACCUCUGACCUUUCCCUCGACCAAGAACCCUACGCGCCACCACUACGUUGUUCCAAGCAUUCACGCCAGCAAGAAAGAGCUUGUAUGGAAGCAGGUAAUUGAAGAUUGGCUCUCCCCAAAGCCCAAUCGAGCAUCAGUUCCACUCUCGCAAUGGGACACGUCGCUAUUGGCUGAUGUGAAUCAGAAGCAGAAGUAUCAUAUCCGCAAAGUCAUUGCUGAAGAGUACAUUGAACGUUAUCACUCCAGUGACGAGGAGUUCACAUGUGCUUAUCCAGAGCACGCCAUUGGCAUGACAGCACUGUACAAGGCGAUUCUAGCCCAGAGGCAGAUUCGGGGGGACUCGAAGAGGCGCGCUCGUAAAUCACGGUCGCCAUCGCCCGAACAAUGA